AUGAGUGAUGUUGAGGCUGUCUCCUCCCUGCCAGCUUCCCUGGAUGCCGGACAAAGCGCUUUUGCUGUCAAGGUGAACCACCAGUCUACCUUGGGUCAUCCACCUUCCAAGAGGACCACUCCCCCGGUUGCUCAGGAAGUGGAUGCUCCCGCUAAAGAGGUAGAUCCUGCUGUCGGGGACGGCGAUGGGCCACCGAGCCCCAAGGCUGACUCGGAGGCAGAAACCAUAAUUCAAUCGGGCCGCGAAUCUCUGUCGCCUGAGAAGAGACGGAAGUUCAUAAAACAUGAACCGAAACGACGUGAUGAUGCAAAUGACCAUGCUGAUGCCGCAGAGAGCGAUCUUCCUCCUAAUGAUUUGCAAGUGAGAAAGCGGAAAUCGGCGGACGAUGAUGAUGAUGUGCCCAGUGAACGCGACCGUCCGGUGCGCCCGGCCAGCCCUCAGCGGAGGGCUGGCUCGCCACCUGCCCCCAUAGUUAAGAUUGAGAAGACCGAGGAACCCCAGACGGUGCCCAGUCGAGUCGAAUCGUCCCAUCCGAUCACAUCCGCCCCCAGAACGUCAAGGAAGCGCAGCUUCAGCGAGAGUGUCGACGCGGAGGCGGAUGCUCGUCGAAAUGCACGUCAACAUCACUCGGCAGCCCCUCGCGACCGGGAGCGACGAGAUUUGAACGGGAUUUCUCUCCCUCGCCCAACACCGAACGAUCGAUCUGUCUCACCGGUUCGUUCUCAUAAGCGGACAGCAUCCGGCCCUCAGCUCAGCAGCGAUCUGCAACGAAAGAGGAAGGCACCCACCCCGCUCAUCUCUGGGGUGCCCAGACAGAGUUCCGAAGACAGACAGUCCGUCUCCUCAUCUACCAGCGGGUCUCCCUUGCCCAGUGCCUAUGUACGGAAGGUUGCGUCUGUGGAUGGUGCUUCAGCGUCUCCCGCACGGCCUAUGGGGCACAAGAAACAGCGAGAUCAAAAUGGCCGGACGCGACUUGCACGUGCCUGUGCCGCCCAGGAGUUGGAGGUAGCCAUGGCUCGACAUGCCGAACGACCGGAGGAUCUCAAUGUUGCUGAUAAUGCGGGAAAUACACCACUACAGAUUGCUGCCCUGGAAGGUUGUGCGUCCAUUGUCAAGUUCUUGCUAGAGGCUGGCUGUGAGGUCGAGACCAGGAACAUCGACAGGGACACGCCGCUGAUAGAUGCCGUUGAGAACGGGCAUCUUGAUGUUGUCAAGCUCUUGCUUCAGGCCGGUGCAAAUCCCCGCGCAGUCAAUGCUGAAGGCGACGAGCCCAGCGAUUUGAUUCCUUCAGACUCGGAGGAGUACGACGAGAUCCGGCGCGUGAUUGAGGAAGCAAAGGCGAACCCACGCCCGAGUCGUCGCUCAGAAGAACAAACAGGAUCUGGGAAUAGGGAAACGUCCUCCCGUCGGGUUGCGAUCAAUAGUCCGCGUGAAUCGCCACCGGUCAGUGGACAACGAAGUCCGCCUUAUGCUGGUAUCACGAGCAAAAGGAAGAGUGUCAGGAGCGAGGCUACUCGGAAUGAUCUACUGUGGACCAAGGCUACACCAGAGAAUCUACAAGCAUUCGCUGCCAAGGGCGAUAUCGCUGGAGUAGCCAACAUUCUUAAUGUCGGGCAAAGGGCGGAUCCUGAGUCUAUGAUCGCCGCAGCCAAAGGUGGUCACGAUGAAGUGUUGUCCCUUCUACUUGGCAUGGGCGAUGCAGAUCCGGAUCCAGAUCCUGUACCGGGCGGCUCUCAAAAGCCGGGAUACAACACCCCUAUGUUGGCAGCGAUUGGCCGAGGCAACCUUCCCGUGAUCAAACUGCUCCUUGCUCAACCAAGUUUCAAUCCGACUCGCCGUCUCCACAAGGACCGUACCUACUUCGAAUUGUCUCGGGAGCGUAGGGCUGAUAAUUGGGAGGAAGAAUACGAUCUUCUGCGUGAUGCAUACGACGACUAUAUCCGGACAAAGAAGCAGCGCAAAGCCGAAUUCUCAUCUCCGCGACGAGUGCGUGAAAGGGAGAAGGAAGGCAAGCGAACCGGCCGCAGAGAGUCACCGUCACCGGGAGGUCGGCCUAGGAAAGCAAUGGCGAGCCCUGGCCGUCGAGAUUCGUCUAAAGAUGCACUUUCGAAGGAGCGCCGGAGAGAAGCUAUGGCUCAUGGAAAGGAGAAAUCUAGUGCACCUCGUCCGAAGGUUGCCCAUGUUGGAGCAGGCGACCAGGACGCGUCGCGUUCGGAACCGGCUCGGUUCAAGGGAUCUUCUGCGAGGGACGGCGAAUCCAGUCGUGGCGAUGAAGCGCCCAAGAGGAGACGCUUAAUUGCCGGACGGCCCCCAGACCGUGAUAGGAGAGUCCCUAGUUUACCCCCGCCCGAAUCCAUCUCGGGGAGAGAUGAGAAUACCAAGACGCGCCCCGAUCCUUCCGAAUCCGCUACUUCCAGACCUGGACCGCCGCAUUUGAAACGCGGACGCAGCAGUGUUAGUCCCGAUCGACCGCGAUCCCGUGAUACCGAUGCCGAACGGCACCCGCGCGAUACCCAGAAGAAGAAACGACGUGUGCUGUCGGAGGAUGGUACACCUAACAUUACCAACGGAGGUGUGAAGAAGAGCCAUCCAACCUCGGAAGAUCUCAAGACUCCUGCCCGUCAUAGGGAUGACACUCAGGCCGUAGAGCCCAAACGGGAACGAUCGAGGGAACCUGACGUUCCCUCGAGGGCAGCAGAGAAGAACCCCGUGAAGGAGGAGCAGGAAAAGGUCGAGACUCAAGGAUUAGAAGAUAUUCCCAUGGAGGACUCAACAAGCACCGCGGAAGCUGAAGUUAAAGCCAAAGCUGAAGCUAAAGCUAAGGCGGAAGUUAAGGCUAAGGCGGAAGCCAAAGCCAAGGCUGAAGCCGAAGCUCAAGCUCAAGCUCAAGCUCAAGCUCAAGCCCAAGCCCAAGCCCAAGCCCAAGCUCAAGCUCAAGCUCAAGCCCAAGCCCAAGCCCAAGCCCAAGCCGAAGCUGAAGCGCGUCGGCAGAAAGAAGCCGAAAAAGCUGCGGCAGAGCGACAGGCAGAAGAAGAACGCUUAGCGGCCGAAGCGGAGAAGGCUCGAGUAGAAGAGGAAGAGCGGGUAGCGCGCGAGGCUCGUAUUGCUCAGGAGAAGGCUGCAGAGGAAGAGCGCAAGCGGAUCGAGGCGGAGCAACGGCGGAUUAAGCAAGCUGAGGACGAGCGCCAGAGGCGCCUCGAACAAGAAAGGCAGCGCCUUGCUAAACUGCGCAGGGAGCAGGAAGAGCAGGAACAACGCCGGCGAGACGCCCUCCCCAGUCGACUCAGAGCUGCAGCAAAUCUCGUGGGCUCGAAUGAUCCACUGGCGAAGAGUCAUGCAUGGCUCAAGAAAUUCAUGCCAGUGGUGACUGCUGAAACGAAGCAGCUUGAUCCAUCCUGCGGACCGGCGGUGGCUGAGGAAAAAUGGGUUCCGAAUUAUCUCGUCGCACCAUUGCUGGCGACGAAUGAUCUUCAGUUAUCUCAAUAUGCCACAUGGGAGAAACGCAAUGCAACACCUACGCAACGCAUGAACUUGUGGCGUGUCACACGAAGGAUGCUGGUUCAAGCGGAAGAGACGGAGUUUCUUAGCUCGUCCUUCGAACAGAUCAUGCAAAAAGACUGCGAAGCACGACCCAAAUACUUCGAGAUGGAACAUGUAUUUUGGGUUAAGCUCUCUGAUUUCAUGGAUCUCGUUCCCCACAUACCGCACCUUCACGGGUUGGACAUACAGUUUCUGAAGAUGCACAUUGAUCAGGAACCCAAGCCGCAGCCCGUGCUUGAGCUGCCGCAGGCUAAUGGACAUAUAUCUGGGACGCCGAUCGAGGAGGCGCCCGGGCUUUUGGGAGGAAAUGGGUUGACUAACGGCUAUGGACACAGCCGGCCUAGUACAUACGUCUAA